UGACGCGUGGUGGCCGUUAAAGUUUCAUCUGACGGGCCCCGGGUUCCUUCAAUAAGCAAAUAGGAUGACUCUCCAAGUUUUCCGUUUCACCACGACGUUUCUCGCGUUUCUCGUUCUCGGGGCGUUUGUGUAAAGCACCUACCACCACCGGUGAGGUGGGAGGAAGGGAGAUGGCAGCUAGCGGUAGCGGCGGCGGAGGAGGAGGAGGAGGGGUGAGUCGGGAAGGGAGCGCGAAGGCGACCGUGGCGGAUCGGAUAAGCCAGGCAGUGCAGUCGACGUCCAAUCUUCUUCACCUCAUGCAGGAAUCCUCUCCUUCCCAGGCUGAGUUAAUAAAGCUUCCUAAGAAUCUAUUUGCCAAAGUAUCUACCAUCAAGAACACUGGGCAAGUUCUGGACCAACUACCACGGGUUAUAUCUUCCUUGGAUGCAUAUAUGGAAAGCAGCUUACAUAGUGCUCCUCAGCUGAAGACUGUGACUCAGUUGCUGUCUCACAUGGAAAAUUCUCAGCUCAAGUAUGUGUUUCCAACCAGUCAGCAACCAGAGGAGCAAAAACACGCAGACUCGGAAAACACUGCAGUGGCCAAUUCUUCUUCUGAUCAUGGAGUUUUCUCCUCUAAUAAUGGAGAAGGCCUAAGCCAUCAUGAGAGUCACUGAACCAUUUCCAAGCACCUCAAACCCCCUUGCGAUUUGGAAGGCAAAGUAGGAUGGAUGGUUGCUGCUCUGAUCAAUCUUGAAGGUGAUGUUCUUGCUUGGGUAGCUGCAGGACACCCUGAAAUGCCAUCAAAUUUAACAAAUAUGUUCAUUUUCUUUGUAGAAUUUGAGGCUUGAACAAUAUAGAUGGACUAUAUUUUGCUGCUAUAGUUGAUUCAGCUAUCAUGGCAAUGCUCAGUAACGGCACACACACCUCCGGUACUCAAUGCCGACCGCACCAAGAGAUAGAAGGGAUGCACCUAAAUCAGCAUUCUGGCCCAUCCUUGCAAAGGCAUGCUGACUGAGAAUGAACUUGGUAUUGCCGCUUACUCCGGCGUCUGUGAUUAUGAUCAUGACACCAUCGUUGGAGCAGUACUUGGCAUCAGUACAUCUCACCUAAUGAAAAAUUGUAAGAUGGUAGAGUGACAAAGACGAUGCUAUAGUUGAUUCAGCUAUCAUGGCAAUGCUCAGUAAUGGCACACACACCUCCGGUACUCAAUGCCGAGUGCACCAAGAGAUAGAAGGGAUGCACCUAAAUCAGCAUUCUGGCCCAUCCUUGCAAAGGCAUGCUGACUGAGAAUGAACUCCGUAUUGCCACUUACUCCUGCGUCUGUGAUUAUGAUCAUGACACCAUCGUUGGAGCAGUACUUGGCAUCAGUACAUCUCACCUAAUGAAAAAUUGUAAGAUGGUAGAGUGACAUAGACUAUGCAAUCAACAUGAGUGAAUGAAGUAAUGGUCGUGAUUUCACUAACCUGAUAGCAUGCUCCACAACCCACACCAUUCCUGUAAAGACUUGAUGAUGCUGAGACAUCCCCAUCAUUCAGUGUUGCUCCAAAUGAACCAUACUCGCAUGCACCAGCUGAAGUCAGAUGAGAAGUUGAGAUUAUCUGAGCAAAUGAAUUAAUGACACACCGACAGAAAACAUGUUUCAUGCAGGUGUUUGGAUCUUACUCUCUGUUCCUGUUUUAUCAGAAUUUGGGUAGUAAGCUGCCCUGGAUUGGGUGAAGCAAUCACUGCAUGUGUCUGCUCUGGUGGGAUGUUGGAGAAGUAGAGGUAAGAAGAAGAGCAGUUGAGUGGGCAGAGCCAUUGAAGCAAGAGGAGAGACAGCAAGUAAGGAAACAAGUUGUUAAGUACAAUGGUUAGGAAGUGAAGGUUAAGCUGAAGCUUUUAUAGAGAAAAUAGUGCAGUUUUUUUUUAACUGGAAAAGCUUUAGGUUUUGACAUUCUUCUAAGAUUGAGAAUGGGAUGCCAUGAUUGACACUUGCAUGUAGUGGUCUACUUGGAACAGUGGAAUUAUUUGUUUUUUGGACUUCAAGAACAAUUUGUCAAGAAAUGCCAGGGAUCUGCUUUAUCUGCUAUAGUUUACAGGCUCUUCCUAAGAAAGCAUAUCAUGAAUGAACUCUUAUGAGCUGAACUGUUCUGGUAAACUUAGAUUUUAAGAUCAUAAUAGUUCAAUCAUGAUAUCUUUCAGUAAACUUAGAUUUUGAGAUGAAAAGGAAAACAAAUUAGAUUUUGAGAUAACGAGUUGUAAUAUGCCCAGAGUUGGAGGCAGCUGUAAAAAGAAUUUGCAUUUUUUGUAUUGUGCUAUGUAGCUAUUACAAGAUAGCAAGAUUGUGACAUCAUACAGAA